AUGCUCCCGUGGACCAGAAAGUAUUUGGUGUCGCAUGCCAAAACUUUCACUCCGGCCAGUCUUUUCAGAUUCCUGAGCACCUCGCUGAAUUUUUCACUAGCCGAAUCCAAGAAUGACGAGCUCACCGAUUUGGAAAAGAAGGACCAGCUCUACAGAAGGCAGAGAAAGUUGGCCAUGACCAAUGUGGAGAUCAAAUCAUAUGCCCGGGGCCACUUGAUGCCUGGUUCUACCCAUUUCAAGAAACCAGUCCAUCACCAUUUGCAUAAAGGAGGCCCAGUGCGAGAAUUGACUGUAGCAAAGAGAAAAACAGCUGGUAGAAACAAUACUGGUAAAAUCACUAUUCGUGGUCGUGGAGGUGGCCACAAGCAAAGAGUCAGACUAGUCGACUCCCAUAGAUUGGCUCCAGGCAAACAGACUGUAGUGAGAAUCGAAUACGACCCAAAUCGUUCUGGUCAUAUUGCAUUGGUGCAGCACGCCGAAACAGGAGACUUGUCGUACAUUUUGGCUGCUUCCGGCUUAAGAGAAGGCGAUGUAGUCGAAUCAUUCAGAGCUGGCUUGCCUGCUGAUUUUCUUCAGGAAAUGAAAGAGACCAACAAUGGCGACAUUGAUGAGGCCUUGUUAUCGUCAAGAAUCAUGCAGAGAGGCAACUGUUUACCUUUGCACAUGUUACCUGUCGGAUCCAUUAUUCACAAUAUAGGUUUACACCCAGGUGGGAGAGGUCAAUUGGUCAAAGCAGCCGGCACCUUUGCUAGAUUGUUAUCUAAACAUCCUGAGGAAAAGAAAGUAGUCAUCAAGUUGAGUUCAGGCGAACAUCGUUAUGUGCACAUGAACUGUCAUGCCACGUUAGGAGUAGUUUCCAACAAGGAACACCAGGCCAUUUCCUGGGGUAAGGCUGGUAGAAGUCGUCACAGAGGUAAAAGACCCAUGGUCAGAGGUGUAGCCAUGAAUGCCUUUGACCAUCCCCACGGUGGUGGAAGAGGUAAAUCUAAGUCCAACAAGGUAUCGCAAUCCAUGUGGGGUAUCAAGAAGUUCGCCAAGACCAGAAAGCACAAGCACGUAAACAAGAUGAAGGUCAAGGACAGAAGGGACACCUAG